UUUUAAUUCUGAUCUGAAUAUAGACAAUUUUUUGGUCUUAAAAUCUUAAGAUUAUUGCCUUUAAAUAACAAUAGAGCUAGCUUAAGAACGAUAUGAUUGACAUCUCUAUAAUUCAAUUUUUUUAGACCAAAGAGGUGAUGUUUCAAUUAAAUCUGCAUCUUCACGUUCAUGAGAAUCAACUUCAUCCUCAAAUAAUUUAAAUCCAUUAUUGAGAGUUGAAAAUUUCAUAUCAACAUUAUAACUACUUAAAGAAGGUCCAGAACGUUUUUAUUCAGAACUCAAAUAAUGAUUAUUUAUACUAUACUUCUAGAAGAGUGUAAGUUUGAUUUUGAUGCUCAAAGAAUUAUUCAUCAAAG